UUUGCGGAGAGGCAGUCCCAUUCAUAGGGCUGGUAGGCAGGCAGGCAGGCAAAGCGCAGGAGCGGUCACACGCCCUCACCGACGUUGUGUGUGAGACAAAUGAUGGUCCCUCACUGAAAAUUCCAGGCCAGGAUAACUGCGCUAUCAUCAGCCGUUUCGGCAUCGGACAUACCCGCAACUAAAACCGAAACCUCCUCUCAGGAAUGGAAUUUGAAUGUCUUGAUUAGGUCCUCUCCUGCGCUGACUGCCUGCCGCGGAUAUAGACUGACUUCCUCGUCGCCUGGCUCCUCUUCGCUACCGCAGACAAGCCACUCUACUCGGUUUAUUUAAUCCACACUGUCUGCCGACCACUGUCUUUGGCAUCUGGACACAUCAGAGCUGGUAUAUCGUUGUUGAAUUUAACGUGCCUGUGUGUGCUUGUGCUGCCUGUAUAAUGCCGACACAUAUGCGUUUCCGGAGAAGGUCAUUCCUUGGGCUUUUAUUCCUUUUUUCACUGUCCACCUCCGCAUUGUAUUUCAUCUACUCCGCCCCCGGAAUCGUGAAUGAGUAUGUGUUCAUGGUUCAAGCCAGAGGGAUCCAGAUCAGAGAGAACGUGAAGAACAUUGGGGCGCAGGUUCUGGAGCAGGUUGUGAGAGGGGCUUACAGCAUCAAUGGCACAGACUAUGCCUAUGACUUCAACGUGAGCGAGAGUGAUGCUCCUCCCACCACAUACCUCCCUGAGGGCUUCACCUACCUCCCCUCUCAGGUUUGUCCUGAGAGGCUGCACACCAUGAAGGGCAGGUUGGAGGUGAAUAUGAGUGAGGUGUCUUUGGAGGAGGUGGAGAGAUCCUUGCUGGAGGAAGAGCCUAACAUGGCCCAAGGAGGCCACUGGAAGCCCGAUGACUGUUUACCUCGCUGGAAAGUGGCAAUCCUAGUCCCGUUCAGAAACCGACAUGAACACUUACCCAUUCUUCUGAGACACCUCGUGCCAGUGCUGAAAAAACAGAGACUUCAGUUUGCCUUUUAUUUCAUAGAGCAGUUGGGCACAGAGCCAUUUAACCGAGCCAUGUUGUUCAACGUGGGUUACAAGGAGGCUAUGAAGGACCUGGACUGGGACUGUCUGGUCUUCCACGAUGUGGACCACCUCAUGGAGAACGACAGAAACUACUACGGCUGCACAGACAUGCCCCGACACUUUGCGGUCAAACUCGACAAGUACUCCUACAUGCUUCCGUAUAAUGAGUUCUUCGGUGGUGUCAGUGGCCUGACGGUGAAGCAGUUCAAAAAGAUUAAUGGAUUUCCAAAUGCAUUCUGGGGCUGGGGAGGAGAGGAUGAUGACCUCUGGAACAGGGUGCAGUUUGCCAAUUACACAGUUAGUAGACCACACGGAGAGCAUGGGCGCUAUAUGUCAAUUCCACAUCACCAUCGUGGGGAAGUCCAGUUCCUAGGAAGGUAUAGUCUACUACGCCACUCAAAAGAGAGACAGAAAGUGGAUGGUCUUAACAACCUAAACUACUCCCCCCUAGUGUCCAGGAGACCUCUCUACACCAACAUUACAGUCAGCUUGAGCAGAAUGCUUGCACCCAUAGCUGACUACUGACGUAGGAACAGCUGGACUGCAAAACACCUGGGAAUCAAAGUCCUCUGGGACAUCAGCCAUAUCUCACCAGUGGCAGCACUGCUUAGGACUUUUUAGUUGAUUGAUUCUUUGCUUAAUUUCUUUAGUUUGUAUGCAAAAAAGGAGACUCAAAUAAGUAUGUUGGAUAAAUCAUAUAAGAAAUUAAGGAUAAAUGCUGCACUUGCUUGUGCCACAGUCCAUCAGUCCUCUCAUCUGGGCUUAAAUAGUCUUCAGUCUCCACAUGCCUUUUGCACCAUUUUGGCCUUCAGCAUUCAUUCAUUUAUUCAUUCAUUUUCUAAUUCAGUCAAUGAUUAGCUCAGCCCUACACUAUUGUGCUUGUUUAUUAAAAUAGGCCAUGAUACACACGCACACAAUAGUUUGACUUACAUGUGCUGACCUGGUCCCUGAGGCUUUGAGUUUUACUUUGCUCUUGCACUUUUUAUUUUCAUAAAUGCAGUAAGCCUGUGAAAACAUUUGCAUGCCCACACGAUACAGCAACUUUUAAACUGAGUGGACUCUUGCAGCUGGUUCUGCAGAAGGUUUGCCAAAUCUACAAGUGAAGAAAGCAAGAGAAAAUUAUAUAAAGUGUGAGUGUUUUCGGUCAUGUAUACUGUAUGUGAAAUAGUUUAUCCUGACCUAUCCUUUAGAGAAUAUUAAUACCUUAAUCAUCUCUCACCGACUAUAUUUUGUCCUGUGAACAUACCAUUUGAAGACUAGGAUAUUUGUGUUUGCAUAGUUGAAUUGGAUGUUCUGGCUGCCUGCAUGUGGCUAUAUGUUGGAGAGCAAUGCUCAUCCUGUUAGCAAUAAGCUGUAAUAUCAGACAGCAGAACUUAGACCUGACUUCCUCACUAUACAGAUGCAAUAGCACGGGUGCUAUCAUGCCCUUAUUGGAUGAACGAGAAGGAGUGACUGCGUAUGCAAACUUCACAUUCAAUACACCUUUGCCUAAGCAAACAUGCCACCCUUUUCAGAACCUGUGUGUGUAUAUAAGUGAGGGACAGCUAUGCAAAUGGCCUUUAUGUAUCCUGUUGUCAGUGUAAGGUCUUCAGGGUGACCUCUAGGAGACUUCACCCCUGAACCUGUGACUGACUGACUUUAGACCUCACUUUGUGUGUGGUGUGCAAGUCUAGGCCAGGGAGAGAUGCACAGUUGCCGUUUUGUUUUUAGAUCCCACAUCCUUAAUGUUUAUUCACCUUCAUUUUUUACAGGAGAGAAUUGGAGGUAGAGAAUACUUGAUUGCCGUCCCUGUCACUUGUGUUUACAGAAGCUUUUGCUUUGUUAUUUUUCAGAUUGUCUAGUGUUAGUAAUACUGUUUGCUAGCCCCCCUCCACCAUGGGUGCUGUGAGAACUGUAUCUUCAACAACCAAUGUAUAGCUGCCUAAAAAUUCUUUUCUUCUUUAUCUAGACAUGGUAGGGGAAAGUGGAUCUGAAUGCUUAUCUUAUACGUCACGUAAUAAACCAUUGAUUAGCUUUAUUAGUUUCUGGCCAAGCUUGGCCAGUGAGUUUGUUUGCCUAAAUCAAACUUCAGGAUGUUUGUCGAAAUUAGAAUUUUCGGUUUGGUUGGCAUGCAGCCUAACACUGCAUUGACAGACUGACAGCACUCAAUAAGGCUGUUGCUAAAAUGUCCCUACUCUGAUUUGUGUUUGACAGUGUUGAUUUUGAGUAAAAUAUUCCAUUACUGUGAACGUAGUUCAUUUAAAAAAAAAAAAAGAAAAAAACAUGCAGACACUCUCUCUUCACUGUCUUGUCCUCUAGUCAUGCAGCUACUUCAUUUCACACAAAUCGCCUUGUAUGCAUUUCUUAAGAUGUAUCUUUUGGGGGGAAAUUUGGGUGGUUGACAAACUGUUGUGUUCCCACAAUGAAAUAAGAAGUAAAGAGGCUGGACCUCAUUUUAUUUAUUUGAUCUUUUAUGGAUUAUUUUCUUAUUGUAAUUGUUCAGGUUUUUUUUGUUUUUUUUCUUGCGGUUGAUGUGAUGAUGUAAUAGGUGACAUAUGACAGACUGUGUUAGAUGCACUGAAACUUGUAGUUUAUGUGUAUUUGUGUGGGAUUGUGAGGUUCAGGUCUGUGUAAAUAGGAAGCCGUUUCAUUUCAUUAAGCCGCAGAUUUCCUCUAAAGAAAUGAAUAGCUGGUUUUGAUGAAAUUGAUGUGUAAUAAUCUGCUGAAUAGACACGUUGGAGGAGGCCAUUUUGUGUGACAACCACAGGAAGAGCAAAACGCCUAAUCAGAAAAUGCUAGUGGUCACUGCCUUUCACUGGGCACCUCCUUUAUACUAAUUGAUAAUCAAUGGUGCUGACCUUCCAGAGCUCCCUCUGUGGGAGUCUCUCUCUACGUGCUAACUGGAACCAUACUUAACAUCAUAAAGGCUAGUAUCGACAGGCAAAACAUCCCUCUACUGCAUAUAGGUGGCAAAAUAUAUUCAGUAUUUUUACAUCCACACAUUUGUAAACCUGCUGCCUUUUCAUCCUGCCAGAUGAAGCUCAUUUGUAUAUUUGUUGCUCUGGUUCAUUGCCAGAAACAGAAACGUGGGUUUACCUUCUAGCCAAAUACUCAGCAGGUGCCCAGUGGAAGUGAUGAACAGUAGCAGCAUUUGUGUUUUCUUUUCCAUGUGUGUUUGAAGAAAUGGCUAAACCUUUCAGAGGUCUAACUGUCCUCCAUCUAUAUUUUGAGUUUAUUUUGUUUUCCAGCACUGAUAUGAAAAUGAUUUAUAGUUACCUGGUUGUGAACAACUCACAGAUUAUUUUUUCUAGUUCUAGUACACUUACAUGAUACACUGUAUAUUAUUAUAUUUUCUUGUUUUCAUUGCUUUAAAAGAAAAGCUAGAUGGACAUAUAGCAGAAGUCAAAUGGUUUUAGUUUAAGUAUUCAGGUGACUGUUCUGACGUGGAGCGACCUCUCAAUAUACAGAUGUCCUCUGGAUGACAUAGAUAUUCUAAGAGUCAGCAUUAGGCUUUAUACUUCACAAUGUGGAACAUGCAGUUUCAUCAGCCAACACCAUUAUCAACAAGAUGGGUUUUUCACUAUGACUAAGUAACGGGGCAAAUCAGUCAGCUCUCUCUUGCUUUUUAUUUAAAACAGGAAAUGGACUGUUUUAAGUUUGUGAUAAGACAGUACAUGGUCUCAAUCCAGACCAAGACCAAGCCUGUUGCUCACUAAAGAGGCUUCAUCGUACCAUAAUCUCACCUGCUCUGAUCCAUUCUGUACCAGUUUAAAUGAAGGGACCCGUGCUUUGGGCAUCUGACAAAACUGGCAGCCUUAAAGCUUUUUAAUUUAUUGCAGUGUUUUUUCACUCAAGUUUUUUUUAUAAGCAAACAUAUUUAAAUUGAAAAAGUGCAUAUCAAGAAAAUGAUCAUUGUAAAUAUUGUUGUGUGUAGUGUUUUAGAAGUUCUUUAAGGUCUUAAAUCACUACAGAUGCUAGCAUAAAGAACAAGGCUUUGGAGCGAUUUGGCUGGGAGUUUAUCUGGUGCCAUUCAAAUGCUAGUGAAGCUUACACAGCGACAUCAAUGUUUUUACAUCACUGCUUUCCAGCACAGCCUUUUUUUUAAUAAUUAUUAAAAAUAUCCUUAUCCCAUAAAUUUUAGAUUCCUCUCACAAUCUCUGAGGUGUUCUGCAUUUCAGAGGCCUCCCUGUACUUAAAAUGCUGGAGCAGUAGAAGAGACAUAUCAUGGCAGACGCUGUCACAUGAAGUUCAGUGUCCUUGUUUGUGAAUGUGAUGUCUCUUUGAUAGUGACAGCAGGAUGGGUAAGGUGUAGGUCAGAGGAAAGCACUGCAGAAUAGCGAUGUGUCAGCCAAAAACACCGUAUGCUUACAAUGCAAUGAAUCACAGGCACCCAAACCAGCGACACAAUCCACUCUAAAAUUCACACAAAUUAUUUUUUUGUAUGAAAGCUUACUAUUAAAAAAAGAUCCACAUUGCUCAAUUAAAAAUAUAUCUUCUCUGAUUGUAAGGAGAGCAAUUCUCCUUGAAUUGAAGCCAUUUGAAGCCACUUGUCAAAACUUGAUGUCAGCCUUAUGUGGAUCUGUUUGUGUAUCGGCAUAUUAUCUUUUGAUUAUUGAAAUUUGUAUGAUGGAGAUUUUCUUUUAUACCAUCAUUGUUAUUGUCAAAGUACACCAAUAAAAUGAAACUUGUAAAAAUACAG